AUGGCCUCUGUGAAUAAUUUGUCUGGGAGUGUGAAGAUUCUUGAGGCAAACAAGGACACUAUUCGUGUUGAGGGGUUGAACCUUCUCGACUACGCUGACGUCGACUCGUUCAAUGGUUCAGACUCCAUCGAGUGCUGGCUGCACACAGAGGCUGCGGUCCAGCGCUACACAGACGACUUGUGGGAGGCUCUUGCCUCAAAGCUCGUCAAGGCCUUGGAGCUGAAUACAUGCUGGACAAAGACCCCGUUUGGAACUCUUGUGUGCCAUAACUAUCAAAACUGGACCCGAUAUAAGGUCUAUUGUGAAUUUCCUAGGACAUCGUCGACAGGCCUGAUUCUGUCUAACUUUUCAGUAUUUGAGUUUUUCUCCUCCAUUCUCUCUACCUCGGACGGCUCUGAGCUGCCUUCAUUCUGGACCAACUUCACGUCAUCAUUUCUUGAGCCCAAUUUCGUCUUCCGACACCCGAAUGCAACAGACUCGCUUUACCCCUCGACAGAGACGUUCUUCGACUGGUCGUAUUUCCCGCACCCCGCAGCAUCGCCACCCGUUCCUCCGGGAGGAUCUAUUUCUUACGACACUUAUAGCCCUGAGACAGAACCAACAGGUGUGUGGGGGCCAACAGGUUCUGUAGUAGAACCAUCUUCUCCAUACAGAUACACUUUUGAAGACGAUUCAUGGAUGCACGGACAACCAACACCUCUUCCAGAAUUCACCUCCGUGAUAGAGGAUAUAACUGUAUGGGAUUCAGCCAACGACAUGUCAUAUCUUAUACCAGAACCAUCAUCAGCAACAGCCGGACCACUACCAGCGACGACAUUUCAACCAGAAGCUGUGAGCUCCGCGACAAGUCUGAAUCAGUCUGUGACGUCUACUGCUCGACCAGUCUUGGGGGGAGCACUGUUGCUCUGCCCCUGCCCCUGUGCUGGUCUUACUGUUGGCAUUGGCGUGGAUCUGCAGCAAGCAGAGGCGGAGGUUCAGAAGAACAUAAAGGACACACAGAAACGUCUGAGCGUCAAUGUGAGCCAGCUGUCUGCUAAUGUGAGGAAGAAGACGAGUGCCAGUGACACACGCGCCUCGGCUCAGAUCACCGGCAUGUCCAUCGGAAUUGCUAUCGUUUUCCUCGUGUUCUCUCUCAUCGUCUUGGCGGACUGCAUGUCAGUUGUGGCUUAUUUUGUGAACUUGUACUCUCUACGAUGGGGCAGAACUAGGGAGGGUGGAUGGAGGUGAGAGUCGUGAAAACAAACGAUGUUUUAUGGAGGAUUGUUACACGUCAGACAUCGGGGGACCUGCUGCGCAGUCAGCCAAACUUUGUACAUUAUUUAUUUUGUUGGACAUCAUCUGUGCUUAUCAACCUUUUUAAAGCCGGCAUCCACUUCCGUUAUCUUUGAGAGGCUAAAAUUGUCGUACCGCUCACCUACAUGUACAAACGUAUUUCCAAGCAGGGCGUUAAAUGUACAUAUACCUGUCACUACCCGGGUGAUCCCCACCCCCUAUCAAAAAUACCAAACCGCACCACAAUUGUGCGAUAUCACGUGUAUCCUUUUGCUCGAUGUUUGAGUUCCAGCAUCUUUCCUUCAAUUCAUUUGAACUGACUAUUUUGAGAGGGAGAGCAAUUUCUGGGAAGGCAAUUUCAAUACCUACAAAUGAUUUCAAUACCUUUAAAUGACGUUUCAAUACCUUUUUCUGAUGAACUUGAUCUAAAUGUACAUACAAUGUCUUAUAAAUAUAACACAAAGAGCUUUUUCAGUGGUUCAGCUUUUCGAUUUCUCAUUAUGAAUCUAUUCACGCAAAUGCCGUCGCUGUUUAUUCAUUAAAAGUAAAGGUAAGCCACGAAAAAUCUCAUAGCUGAAGGUGACUGUCCAGUCUUUCAGUUUAUUUAGUAGGAGAUCUGAACACCGGGUAACCUUACCGCCUGCAAGUGUGAAUUUUCUUUGAAUUAUCCGAAUACGUCGUCCCGUGGAGUAUAUUCGUUGAGCGGUAGCAAGCAGCCCAACUUACAUAGUGCGAUUCUGCUACACCUUUUUUUAAUGGAGAUUGUUUUGGCUUCCUGUUAAGAAAAGAAUUGUGUACAAGUUGGCCAUCCUAUGUCACAAAUUCUUGAAUGAUAAUGUGCCAUCAUAUAAUUUAUCAAAUCUGUUGAGACUGUACAUUUCAACUCGCAGUUUAAGGUA